AUGAAGAAAGUUGCGGUCAUCAGCGAACGCCUCAUGUAUGUGGACUUGCUCUUGGGAGGCCAGUGGGUCAGGAUAGUUCCUGCAAGUUGGCCCAAUGCGAAAUAUGCGGGUAUCCGCGUGCAGGAGAUGUGCACCGCAUUAUCUGAGAUCAAGAGGGAUGCUAAGCAAAAUCAGUACACAUUCGUUCUAGCUGGAGGUUUCAACGCGGAGACCGCCAUGGUUGAUGCAGCUGUCAGCAUUGCGACCCCGACCACAAAGCAGGCCAGCGUGGAAUUGAAAAACCUCCGCAAUUCGAUUUCAGAGCUGAUCGUGAAAAGACGGACGCUACAUGCUGGCAGUGGUGCCGACAGAGCCGGAAUCAGCAAGGCGAUCCAGAAGUUACCGAAGAAAGAGAAGAAAAUGCAGGCCACCGAGCGCAUUGCGACCAUUCUGGACACGUUCACCGGUCUCGACAAUAUCCCGAAAUUGAAGUCGCCGGUCAAGAAACGGUUGACCCCAAGCAUGCUGGAUGGAAACACGGCCGUGACUUCGCGCGUGGAGAUGGAUCCUAUCCCUCGCCCAGAGACCAUGGCUGUUGAUCACCCCGCAGGCCAGCCGGCAGAGGACGAGGCUACGUUCACCCAUGGUUGCUGCAAGGUCGUGCCCGAAACGCCGAUCACGGAGGGCAACCCGCGCCGACCGCCGCACGCGCGCCCGCAGGUCGUGACGUGCAGCUCCCUCGGGGGGCCAGUUGGCUCCCGGCUCAACGUGACGAGGGCGAAGGCGCUCCAGGCGGACUUCCUGCGGCACGCGGGCGAGUGGCCCGGGGACACGCUGACCCGUGGAGCCAGCUGGUUGCCGCCCCUCGUCCGGCUGGUCGCCUUCAGCCCCGCGUCGCCGCUCGACAUCGUGGACUCCGAGGGCCAGCACCAGACGUCCUUCGCCGUGCAGGGCUGGGGCGUCGUCGCGGUGGCGACCCCCGCAGUCGUGGAGGGCUCCCCGCGCCCAGGUGACCCCGACUGCGGCGAGCUCUCCGCCCGUGCGGCCGAGCCGGGCGCCCUCGGGCCGUGCGAGGCGCAGCGGGUCGCCUCCGCCUGGGUCUCGCACCUGCGCUCCUGGCUCACGCUGCCCCCCGACGCGCCAGUCCGGAACCCCGCGGGCGACGGCGCGGAUUGCCAGGGCAGUGAGGGAGGGCUUCCGCUGUGGGCAGCCAAACCCCGCCCGCGCCUCGGGCGCCGCCGGCGGAGCGACUGGUGCUCCGUUGAGCUCGUAGUCGGAGUUUCGGCUUCAUUCUGGUAG